AGCAGCUCUAUAGUGUAUCUUAUUUAUCGCUGUUGAAGUAAUUUACCCAAAGAUGUCGUCUAAUGAUGUGCUGGUAAAUACAGACGCAAAAGUUGCAUUCUCUGGCGUUAUAUGCGCGGUCGGACUGGUUGGGAAUUUCCUAGUUAUGUUCGUUGUUCUAGUUUUGCGGGAAUUUCGAAAAUCUGUCACUCAUUGGUACGUCCUCCAGUUAGCCAUAGCUGACUCGCUGUUCCUAAUAUCUCUUCCGUUCAAAAUGAUUGAGGACAUUAAUGGAUACUGGAUGUACCCGGAGUGGAUGUGCAAAGGGAAAGAAACUUUAUUGUUUCUCAACUAUUAUACUUCCGUGUCGUUUCUAAUGAUUAUGAGUAUAGACCGUUACAUCGCCGUCUGUCAUCCUUUCUCAGAUACAUUACAACGACUACGCAAACCCAAAUCAGCAAUUAUAAUAACAGUUACAACAUGGGUGGCCGGUUUGCUUAUAUGCAUACCUGUUAUGCUGUACAGCUUCAAAGUUGGAAUCCAACCCAACUGUAGAUGCACAUACCAAUUCCCGAAGCCAGCGAUCGAUCACAUGGCUAGUUGCUUGGACAAUAACCUCACGUUAGCUGAAUGUGAAGCAGUUCAAGUCCAUUCUUUACCUGAGGGACCGGAGCAACAUUGCAAGUCAUUAAGUCUCGGUUUGGGUGGCGGCGGUAAUACACCUGAUUAUAACUACGCUGCAACGGAAGCAACGAACGUCUUUUCCGGUGACGGUGCCAGUGACGUCAUAAACAAUAGUACCAAUGACGUCAUGAAUAACGGCACGACAAACGGAACAUCGGAUGGGGGCGACUACUUUGGUGCAAAUGAAGCAACUGGCAUGAGUUCGAGUGACGGUGACGUCAUGUACAAUGGUACCAGUGACGUCACAAAUGACACUGAUGGCGACCAAUCGUAUACCGACUAUAAUUACGACUACACCGAUACGUUUACGGACGGCACGCCCGAGUCUUGCCAUUACCAUACCAGAGCUUAUGGGUUUAAAGUUUUCAACAUCUUCAACUUCGUUGUAAUGUUUAUUCUCCCGCUGGCGGUGAUGGGCGCGUGUUAUGGUCUUAUUAUAUUCCGCCUUACGUCGGGACCGUUGAAAGAUAAAAGUGAGAGUCGAUCGGGGACGAAUAAAUCGUCAAAGUCGGAGAAAGAUCGCCGCCGUGUGACGAUUAUGUGCUUAUGUUUGGUUGGAUGUUUCUUCGUGUGUUGGUUGCCAUUCCAUGCAGUUCACAUUGCCAAAAUAGUCGGAAUAUCUGGACAAACUGAUGCGCUGUGUAGGAUAUUACCGGUUGUUGCAUCAUUACUGGCUUAUUCAAACUCCGCACUUAAUCCCUACCUCUACAGCUUUCUGGGCGGAAACUUUGCACAACGUUGGAAGGCCGCUACAGGCAGCGUUAAAAAAUCCGUUACUAAGGCCCCAUCAACGUCAAACUCUGGAGUCGGAGCGGUUCAUUUUAAAAAGAAAAGAAACGACAACUCUAGCAGUCAAGUAUCUAAUACAGCGAUUACUCGACUUAACAGGAAAAGUAAACCGAUCGAUUCGUCGAUGGACGGUUCGAACACGGCGUCCAAUAUUUGAUGUAAAGAUAUAUCAGUUGCUGCACAGAGCAUAUACGUGAUAUUGAUACACGUUACAACGGAUCAGUAACUUUAUGUCUAUAUUCGUCAUAUCUCAGAUACAAUGUACUGUUGCUGCGUAUAAGAUGGAUACCGUUAACACAUAAUAUCCAAUAUUUCUUAAUCUUGUUUUCAACAAUUAAAAACAGUUUUCUAGAGUCGAGGAUACGGUCGUAUAUUUCUGUAAAUAUAUAUUUUGUUUACUACUAAAUACGACGGAAAAUACAAUAAAAACUUGUUCCAUCUUACCCCACCCUAAUAUAUUAAAUAUAACAAUAGUUUUUCUGUAAAGCGCCCACGUGUAAAAUACUCAUUGCACUGUAUUCUUAUUAUUUACAAU